AUGUUCGGCAUUGGACUAGAAGCGUGUCCGGCGGAUCCUCGAGAUCGCUGCUUGACUACUCGUCUGCUUCGGCCCGUAGCUGAAGCGGCAAAACAGCGUCUCGAUCUUGACGUUGGUGGCAAGGGGCUUCGUUAUUGCCGUGAUGACCAACGAAAUGUAAUUAUGAGGAACUUUGGACUGUCAUGUACUCAUGUAAUUAGUCGUCGGGGCCAGUCGAGGUCACUUAACGGCUCGACCGAAAUCGACUGA